CCACCUUGUCCCCGUCAUGUUCAACUGUUGGCCCUGCUUUCUUAAACUUUAAAAAAGUUGUCAUACAACGCCUUUUCAUAGCCUAUUGUUUGUAUAACUAUAAAUAGUCAAUAUGUCGAGUGUCGCCUAUUACAUCUCCAAUCUGCUGGAAAAAAUGACAUCUACUGACAAAGAUUUUCGGUUCAUGGCCACCAAUGACCUGAUGAUGGAGCUGCAGAAGGACUCUAUAAAGCUAGAUGAGGACAGUGAGAGGAAGGUGGUGGCUAUGCUACUCAAACUACUGGAGGACAAGAAUGGAGAGGUGCAGAAUUUGGCAGUCAAAUGUCUGGGUCCUCUGGUGAGUAAAGUGAAGGAGUACCAGGUCGAGACUAUGGUGGACACACUGUGCAGUAAUAUGGUGUCGGACAAGGAGCAGCUGCGAGACAUCUCCAGCAUGGGGCUGAAAACAGUUAUCGCUGAGCUCCCACCAACUACUGCAGGCAUGGCCCUGACCUGUAACGUGUGUAAGAAGAUCACCUCGCAGCUGAUCGGCGCUCUGGGGAAGCAGGAGGAUGUGUCCAUCCAGUUGGAGGCUCUGGACAUCCUGUCAGACAUGCUCAGCAGGUUGAGUGGCACUCUGAGCAGCUUCCACAGCUCCAUCCUGACCAGCCUGCUGCCCCAGCUGACCAGCUCGCGCAUGGCUGUGCGCAAACGCUCCAUCAUCGCACUGGGCCACCUGGUGCCCAGCUGCAGCCCGGCACUCUUCACGCAGCUCACCGAGCACCUGCUGGCCGAGCUGGCCCGUGGGCCACCCACUUCCAACACCCGCACCUACAUCCAGUGCCUGGCCACCAUCAGCCGCCAGGGAGGGCACAGAGUGGGGGAACACCUUGAGAAGAUUGUGCCAAUGGUGGUCAAGUUCUGUAAUGUUGAAGAUGAUGAACUAAGGGAAUACUGCUUUCAGGCUUUUGAAGCCUUUGUCCGCAGAUGCCCGAAGGAAAUGUCUCCUCACAUUGCCACGGUGAUUAAGUUAUGUCUGAAGUACAUCACCUACGACCCCAAUUAUAACUAUGAUGGGGAUGAUGACCAAGAAGAUUCCAUGGAAACAGAGGAGGAUGAAGAUCAGGAGACAGACGAUGAGUACAGUGACGAUGAUGACAUGAGUUGGAAGGUUCGGCGGUCCUCUGUGAAGUGCCUGGAGACGGUGAUCAGCAGUCGCCGUGACCUCCUGGUCGACCUGUACGGUUCCGUCUGCCCCACCCUGGUGUCCUGCUUCAAGGAGCGUGAGGAGAAUGUGCGCACGGACAUCUUCCUGGCCUUUGUGGCUCUUCUCAGACAGACCCACCCCGUAGUGGGCGCGACGGCCGCCCUCGAGCCCGGGGCAAAAGAGGACCCCGCUGUGACCCUGCUCAAGAAACAGGUGCCCACCGUUGUGAAGGCCCUGCAUAAGCAGUUGAAGGAGAAGAGCAUGAAGUCCAGGCAGGGCUGCUUCAGUCUGCUUACAGAGCUUGCCAGCGUGCUGCCCGGAGCCCUGGGAGAACACAUACCGGCCCUCAUACCCGGUAUUGUGUACUCCCUGACUGAUAAAUCCACCUCAUCAAACAUGAAGAUUGACGCCCUUGCCUUCCUCCAUGUUCUCCUGUCCAGCCACGCCCCUGAGGACUUUCACCCCCACAUCAGAGUCAUCUUGCCACCCGUUGUCCAGUGUGUGGACGACACCUUCUACAAAAUCAUCUCUGAAGCCCUUUUAGUUACACAACAGGUGGUGAGGAUCAUCCGACCAGUGGACAAGCCCUCCUCUUUUGAUGCCAAACCCUAUGUGAAAGACAUCUUCUCCGCCACCGUGAAGAGGCUGAAGGCAGCGGACAUAGACCAGGAAGUAAAGGAACGGGCCAUCUCCUGCAUGGGCUACAUCGUCAGCCAUCUUGGAGACCAGCUUGGUGGAGACCUGCAGUCCACCCUGCAAAUCUUCCUGGAGAGGCUGAAGAAUGAGAUCACCCGGCUGACUGCCGUGAAGACCAUCACGCUGGUCGCGGCGUCCCCGCUCAAGAUCGACCUGCGUCCUAUCCUCACCGAGGGCAUUCCCAUCCUGGCUUCCUUCUUGCGGAAGAAGCAGCGGGCCCUCAAGCUGGGCACGCUGACCGCCCUCAACGUGAUCGUAACCAACUACAGCGACAGCCUCAAGCCGCCAGCAAUUGACGCCGUGCUCGCGGAGUUGCCUGCACUCAUCCAGGAGAGCGACAUGCACGUGUCCCAGGUGGCCAUCACGCUUCUGGCCUGCAUGGCCAAAGCCUGCCCGUCUUCUCUCUCCAAGAUCAGUGGCACAAUCCUCCCCGAGGUGCUCAGUCUGGUCCACUCCCCACUACUCCAGGGAGGUGCCCUGUGCUCCAUCCUGGACUUUUUCCAGGCCCUGGUGCUGACCAAGUCCAGCAACAUGAGUUACAACGAUCUGCUGAAAGCUUUGACAGGACCCUUCUAUGCAGCUAAGCCGUCGGAUCUUCCCAUGCAUCGUCAGUCCUACUAUUCUGUCGCCAAGUGUGUGGCCGCACUGUCAUCGGCAUGCGCAAAGGAAGCUUCUGGAAUGGUUGCCAGCCUCAUCCAGGAGGUGAAGAGUUCCAAGUCAUCCGAGUCGGCGCGUAUCCUGUCCUUCCUGUGCCUGGGCGAGGUGGGCCGCUCCAUGAACCUGAGCGGUCAGAAGGAGCUCAAGAGCGUCAUACUGGAGGCCUUCUCGUCGCCCAAUGAGGAGAUCAAGUCGGCCGCUUCCUGCGCCCUAGGCAACAUCUGUGUGGGGAACCUGGAGGAGUACCUGCCCUUCAUGCUGGCAGAAAUCAGCAGCCAGCCCAAAAGGCAGUACCUGCUGCUGCACUCCCUUAAGGAGGUGAUCAGCACCUCCUCGGCAGAGCGCCUCAAGCCACACCUGGAGAACGUCUGGGCGCUGCUCUUCAAGAACUGCGAGUGCCCUGAGGAGGGAACGCGGAACGUGGUGGCCGAGUGCCUGGGGAAGCUCACGCUGGUCAACCCAUCUGAGCUGUUGCCUCGGCUUAAGAAGCAGUUGUCAUCAGGUUCACCUCUUUCCCGCAGUACUGUCGUCACAGCUGUUAAAUUCACAAUCGUUGAUCAGCCAGCUCCCAUAGACACACUUCUGAAAGGUUGUAUAGGUGACUUCCUGAAGACCCUACAGGACCCUGACCUGAAUGUAAGGCGGGUUGCCUUGGUGAUGCUCAACUCUGCGGCACAUAACAAGCCUGUGCUGAUCCGAGGCCUCCUAAGCAAAGUGCUCCCCCACCUCUACAAUGAGACACAGAUCAGAAAGGACCUCAUACGAGAGGUGGAGAUGGGACCGUUCAAACACACAGUAGAUGAUGGUCUGGAUGUGCGCAAAGCUGCAUUUGAGUGCAUGUACACACUGCUGGACAGCUGUCUCGACUGCCUAGACAUCUUUGAGUUCCUUGACCAUGUGGAGGAGGGGCUGAAGGACCACUAUGAUAUCAGGAUGCUGACAUUCAUUAUGCUGGCCAGGCUGUCGUCUCUGUGCCCCAGUGCGGUGGUGCAGAGAUUGGACCGACUGGUGGAGCCACUGAGGGCCACCUGCACCACAAAGGUGAAGGCAGGGUCUGUGAAACAGGAGUUUGAGAAGCAGGAGGAGCUUCGCCGCUCGGCCAUGCGCGCUGUGGCCGCCCUACUCUCCAUCAGUGAGGUUGAGAAGUCCCCCGCCAUGGUAGACUUUGCUAACCAGAUCCGAUCCAACGCAGAGAUGGCCACCAUCUUCGAAAGUGUCCAAGGAGACGCCAUCUCAGGCGGGGUGGAAGCCAUGGAUACAAGCUAAAGGCUUUGCCAAGUUUAAAGGGUUGUUAAAAUUGAUGUUUCUAAGGUUUAGCAUUUUGUAUAGCAAUGGCCAGGGUUGACCUGGGUCAAAUCAAUGUUUUCCCCCCAUUUAGUCAAGUAUGAAGCCUGGGUAGUAGAAGUUGGAAUGACCGCUUUCCACAGCAUUUUGAAUUUUCAUCAACCUGAUGUAAUGAUUGACCUAAUUGGAUUUUUCAUAAAAUCCAAUGGACAUUCUUUUGGAUUUUAAAUGUUGUACACAAAAAGCUGAAGUGGCUUGGUGAAAAGGGCACAUCUUGCUGUAGUUGUAACUUGCAUCAGAUAACAGAUGCCUGAAGAAAUUUUAUAUGACACGUUGUGUUAAUAAAAUUCUAUAAUUUCAA